UGAAGUAAGCUAUAAACUCCACAGCUCCACAAUAAUUAUCCUGCUGCUUGUAUAUUUAGAUAUAGAUGCAUGGCCUAGCAGUUAGGUUUCACCCCAUGUAAAGACGCUAUAGUCCUCCAAGCAGGGGCACCGUAUGGGGGAGAAAAGUUCUAAUGUAGACUUUACACCAGAACUUAAGACACAACUUACACUUAGCUGGUGCAGAAGGGACCUGGUUCAAGUACGACCAUGGCUCCUUUCCUUGAUGUCGUCCCCCACUCUCUCUCCCAGAUUGCCUUCUCUAUCCAUGGUCCUAUGACCUAUAGAUGCAAGAUGUGUCUCUGUUCUUUGUCAGACUCCAGUUCCAGCAGGCAGUCGUGUAGAUCUCCAUCUGCACCGUGGGCAGAAUACCAGCUCCUCGAUGACCACAGCUGGCUUAGCUACAUUCUGCCACAACAGGACCUUAACUAUAGGCCUCAUUUCUCUUUUAAGAUAAAGACGAAGUCGUACAAAGGUCUGAUCCUUCAUGUUGCGGGGCGAGGAGUCGUCCCUCUUCUGGCUCUGUAUGUGGCAAACGGAAAAGUCAAGAUGUCCCUCGGACAUGACAGGAUCAUUCAGCACAACAAGAAGAGCAAUGAUGGGGCCUGGCACAGAGUGGAUUUCAGUGUGGAGAGGAGAUCUUUCCACCUACUGGUCGAUGGUGUCCGUGUCACCGAUGGACUUCUGCCAAACAACGAGGGAUCAUCAUUAGACCUGAUGAACCCUGUUUACCUGGGAGGUGACCCAACAGGCAGAGCCACAAAAGGUCACAAUAUUCCCAUGAACAGUGUGAUAGGGUGUGUGCAGGAUUUUAAUAUGAACGAGGAAGCAGUCGGGGAGCCUGAGGGAAGACACAGAACUUUACCCUGCCCUGACAUACUCACAGAAACGGGGACUUACUUUGGUGGAGGUCACAUUGUGAAAGAUCAUUUCUUCACUCUAAGCUCUCAGUUUGUUUUGAGCUUCGAGCUGCGACCUGAACACCUGACAGGUCUUCUCUUCCACGUUUCCAGUCACAAGUCCAGCUUUGAUAUGUUCCUGAUCGAAAACAAGGUUGGUGUCAGCCUGAAAGCUGGGAUGAACACUGUGAGUCUGUCAGUGACUCCCCCUCAAAGCCUCUGUGACGGGAACUUUCACCUGGUCACAGUGUCCAGACAGCAUGAAGUCGUUCAACUGGAGGUGGACUCCUGGUCAGAGCAGAAAAAAGUACCCUUUGCCUCCACCUGGAGCUCAACUAAACCGGAAAGUCUUUAUAUCGGAGGAACAACAACAAAACACAAACUCUUGGUGUCAUCUCCAUUUUUUGGAUGUUUGAGAAAUGUGAAGCUGAAUGGACUUCAUGUUUCUUUUGAGAACAGAUCCAGAUCUGUUCAUCCAGUCACCAUCAGAGGAUGCCCGGCAGAAUAAAGACAUGUAAACAAUGCAUAA